GUGACAGAUCACUGGAAGAGAGCUCGACCAGAUCCGGUCCAAAAUGGCCGAUAUUCGGUUUAUGUUUUAUAAUUUUGUGCAUAGGCGGACUAUCAAUGUACGAGCUGUACGAGAUUUUGGAAUUAAAACGAGAAGUGCAAAUGCUUAAAUUGGAGUCUGGUCUCAACCUUGUUAUCGAGGAACCAAAGGAUAGAAGUAAACGACAAGCUGGACCAACAUUAAGUCCCACAGAGAUUGGACAAAUAUCAGUCAUUGCGAGUCAACUUAUAUCUCAACGCUGUACAUCAAAUACUACUGUAUGCCAGACAGGACCAAAAGGAGAUAAGGGUGACCUCGGACAGAAAGGAGAUCUCGGAAGUUCUGGUACACCUGGAUUGAAAGGUGAAUUAGGUCCUAAAGGGGAUUCUGGUGGUCCGGGACAAAAGGGAGAAUUCGGACCGUUAGGUUAUACAGGAUCAAAGGGCGAUCCCGGACAGAAUGGACUUCAAGGUCUGAAAGGUGACAAUGGUACACAGGGCAUAAAAGGACUCCAAGGAUUGACAGGGUUCAAAGGUGAACCAGGGACCACUGGUUUACAGGGACCUUCCGGACUUAAAGGCGAAGUUGGAGUCACUGGGAGUCAAGGACUACCUGGAUUAAAAGGAGACCAGGGACCUCAAGGAAAUAUUGGCAGCAAAGGGGAAUCUGGUCCAUUUGGACCUUUUGGACCACAGGGAGAAAAGGGAGUACAAGGUCCAAUAGGUCUGACAGGUGCUAAAGGCGAUCAAGGAAUUCAGGGAUUAACAGGAAAUCAAGGACAAAAAGGAGAAUCUGGAGACAAAGGAUUACCGGGUCUGACGGGAGGCAAUGGACGGGAUGGACUUCCGGGUCAAAAAGGUGAAAUCGGACAAACAGGAACUGCUGGAACUCCUGGAAGCAGUGGUAGGGAUGGACCUCAGGGACAAAAGGGUGAAUUGGGAGAAAAGGGUACACCAGGUUUGGUAGGAAGUAAUGGUUUGAACGGACUUCAAGGUCAACGAGGUCAAACUGGAGAAAAGGGGUCUACUGGAUUAGCAGGUAGUACUGGAAGAGACGGACUUCCGGGUCAAAAGGGUGAAAGGGGCGAUCGAGGAAUUCAAGGAAUAAAGGGAAGCGAUGGAGAACCUGGUCCAUUUGGUCCUCAAGGCCCUAAAGGUGGACAAGGCACAAUUGGUCAACAGGGGAUUCAAGGGCUACAAGGAGCUAAAGGAGAAGUCGGACAACAAGGUGGUGCUGGACUACCAGGUCUCACUGGAAUUCAAGGUCCGAAGGGUGAAACUGGUAUUCAGGGUCCACAGGGUCCUAGUGGACUUCAAGGACUCUCUGGAGGACCAGGACAAAAGGGAGAAGUUGGAACAAUUGGACUUCAAGGUCCACCGGGACCUCAAGGUUUACAAGGUCAAGAAGGACCAAAAGGUGUAGUUGGGCCUUCAGGUCAACCGGGUUUAAAAGGUGAAAGAGGAAAUGAUGGUAGUUCUAUGAGUUGUUGUAAUAAUUUAGUUAAACCAUAUAUAGAUGGUGACGAAACGUUUUACGUAAAAGCUAAAUUAGGUUCGACGAUUUUCUUACCAUGCCAUGGUCACGGUUCUCCAACACCAGCCAAGAAAUGGACCAAGAAUAAAGCCACCACAGAAGUGUCCAGAGGAGCUCAAACAAUAGACGGCCUUAUCAUACCCAACGCACAAACCAGUGACAGUGGGGUUUACCAUUGUAAGGUCGAGAGUGGUCUCGGAAUGGCUGAAAAAUUGGUCACAGUGGAUAUUUAUGAUAACCGUUUACAUAUUGAACCAGUGCAGAAGUACUACGAAGUGGCACGUGGCAAUACAGUUAGUGCUAUUUGCAAUGUUACCAGCGUUGACAAGUAUACCAUCAAGUACAAUAAGGUCGUUGGCGGUAUGCCUUCUAAUUCACAAGUUCUACAAAAUGGCGCUUUAGUUUUCCGACUUUCGUCGUCUGCAGGGUCUGGAGAAUAUACAUGUGAGGCAACCUCAAGUACAGGAACACAUUCAGCUUCAUUUUUUGUUGUAGAGACAAUAACUUUGACUUGUUCCACCAAAUUCUCCGACUGUGGCGUAGAAGACAAAGCAAUGUGCAGUGGUGACUGUCCAGCAGGCUGUACAGAUCUGAAUCCUAACUAUCAUGCGCAUAGAUUUUCAUUGAAUUUACCAGUAUGUAGAUCAGCAAUAAAUAGCGGCGACAUAACAACGAAUGGAGGUCAUAUUGUGUGGAAAAAUGAACACGUGGGCGGAGGUGGUGAAGCUGCACAGUUUACUACGCUGAAAAGAUAAUAAACUAUUUAUUUUUGUCUAUUCAUCUUGCAUGCAUACAUUAAUAAACUGUGAUACACAACAUAUGAAAACACAUUGCCAAAUACUAGACUAUGUUAUUUCUCAUUUUAUUAAACGUUUUAUCUUCUCAUGACCUACAUCUCCACAGAGCGGCUUGCAUGAGUUAAUAAAACUUGACUAACAUGACAAUCUUCUAACAUGAGAUAUUGGAAUAAACGUCGACCAAUUGUGCACAAUUAUAUGAUUAUUCUAAAUUUAAGAUUUGAAAUCCAAGAUGCCAAUAGAUACACCUAAGUGACAAAGUGAACUACGUGUAAACAACGUUUUCUAUUAAACCGACCACAAUCGUAACUACUCGACCAUUCUCGCUACUCAUCGUCGGCGUAGCGAGAAUGACCGAGUAGUUUCGAUUGUAACAGACCGAUGUAAUGGGUAACCGAGAUGAUGAAAAUACAGUCGUACCUAAAUUUUUUAAUUUCAAAAAUCUAAAAAUGACUGCAUCUUUUGGACUUAGUUGAAAACGUUAAAAUUAAUAAACAAGGAUGGCAGAAGGAUAUUUUUGUGGAUCGAAUAUUCAUUUUCACUUUUUUUCUUAUUAUUAAAGCAAUUAUUUUGUAUCAAUUGUUCUAAUUGCAUGACGACCGGCGCAAAUUUCUGCCUGUUUGUAACUAAUUAAGAGAAGCCGACUGGAAUGUAUUGACAUGUGAUUUCUCAUCUGCUUUGUUUAUUUUCACUGUUGUCCAAAUACAUUUUCCUUUUUUCAUCGGCAGUAAAAGAAAUUUCAGUUCUCACCUGGCCGGGAUAUUCAUUUUCAAAAUAUUUCAGUCUCAAACACCCAAUCCCUGAUUUUUAAAUGGUCAACCCCUAAGUAACAUUCACUUUACGUUGCGCGAGGUAGAUACGAUGUUUAGAGGGAAUAUGAUGUUUUGUUCAAUGUCAUAUGGGAUAAUAUCAACCAAUCGAAUAUUGUUAAGCUUUCAAUAUUUACAUAGAGUGGGAGAAAAAAAACAUAUCUCCUUGUGGCAAAGUAAAUGGAUGUGUUCCCUUCUCUCUUUAUUUGACGUCCAGAAAACAGAAAAUUCAGGUACAUGCAGUUUAUCAUAUUACUUUGAUUUUAUAAUUACAUUGAAUAAAAGUAUUUAAACCA